AUGGCCACACACGUUCUCUUGUGUCACCAGGGCCCUGCUAUGACAUCCGGGAAUGGAGAGUAUGCUGCUGCCCUCAGUGUGGAUGAAUGGGUCAUCAAUCCGUCAUUGUCUCGAUCCCCAGUGCAGUCUGAGGUGGUUACAGCCGUUGCAGUCUCAUCCUCGCGUCCAGUGUGUACAGUAGAGGUAGAUGUUCAGCAUGAAGAUGGGGAUAAGGAAGAGCACAUAAGAAUUUCAACUGUGAAGUGUCAGCAAAGAAAGAGAGCUCAGUCGUCAUUGAGGAGAGCCCCAUCAAUGGUGCCCAAAGUUUUGCAUAGUGAAGAGAGAUUAACCUAUAAAGCGAGAGGGAAGAGAAAAGUAAGGCUUCUCAUAGACAUGGCAACAAGUUUGUCUUUGAACAAUGGGACUCCAGACAAUGGAAUGCAGGCUCACGGACUUUGGCUGAGACCCACUGUCCAAGUACAGCAUGUCAUAGUUAUGUCAUCCAACUCCUGUGAGCAUGCUUAUUGCAAAAUUCCAUGCAUAAGUAGGCUGCAGUCACAACAGCAUAGGAUUAUACCUGCAAUUCAGAUUGGCCUUGUCACAGUAGGGCAUGCACAGACUGACGAUUCAUGGAGUGGAGGUGCAGGGUCAUCCCUUCAGUUCAACCCUCACUCCAGUGCAAAUGACAAUAGCCAGCCUCUCAGAGAAGUACCUGUGGAUGUAGAAAUAGACUUGGAGAUUGAGAUGGUCGUACACAGCCCUAUCGGUGAUCAUGUAAUAGUGGGUGGCCAAGCCGAUGAUCAGACAGGUUAUGACUCAGGUGGUGAUGACUAUAUUAGGAAGUCAGUCCCUGCACUUGGCAUACCUCAAACCAAAUUUAAUUUUGAGGCCCUUGGGCUCCAGUAA